AGUUCCGCGGCCUUUCCCGUCUGUGGCGGAGCCGCCGCCGGGCGAGCGCGGCCCGGGAGGAACCGGAGGGAACCGGGAAGAACCGGGAGGAACCGAGCAGGACCCAGCGAGCACCGAGCGGGCACCGAGCGGCUCCUCCAGCACCGUGAGAGCGCGGGGGCACCGCGGCGGCGAGGCCCGGUGAGGAGGCCCGGUGAGGCCUAGCGGGGCCCGGUGAGGCCUAGCGGGGCCCGGUGAGGCCUAGCGGGGUCCGGUGAGGCCUAGCGGGGCCUGGCCCGGGCCGGGGGGGCUGAAUCGGGAGGAAGAGGAGGAAGAAGAGGAGGAAGAAGAGGAGGAGAGGGAGGAAGGCGCCCCCCGGGCAUGGCGGCGCCGCUGGCGCUGGGCGGCCCCGGUUCCCUGCGGCCGGACCCGGUGGAGACGCUGCAGGAGGAGGCGAUCUGCGCCAUCUGCCUCGAUUACUUCGCCGACCCGGUGUCCAUCGGCUGCGGGCACAACUUCUGCCGCGGCUGCAUCUCCCGACUGUGGGCCCGCGGGGGCGGCGGAGCCGAGCCCGGCCCGGAGCGCCCCGAGCGCGAGGAGGAGGAAGAGGAGGAGGAGGAGGAAGAGGAGGAGGAAGAGCUGGAGGAAGACGAGCUGGACGUAGAGCAGGAGGAGGAGGAGGAGGAGGAGGACGGCGUGGAGGAGGAGGAAGACGAUGAUAUGUGGGAGGAGGAGGAGGAGGAGGACGAGGAGGAGGAAGGCGAGCUGUGGGGAGACCCGGCUGAGGAUGAGGAGGAGGAUGAGGAGGAAGAAGGCGGCGCGGCCUGGGCCGAGGGCGCGGAGGGGAGCGGGCUGUACUUGGGCUACGACGAGGACGUGAUGGAGGAGGACGUGGAGGAGGAGGAGGAGGAGGCGGAGGACGAGGAGGAUGACGAGGAGGAGGAUGAGGACGAUGGCGAGGAAGGCCCCGCCGCCUUCACCUGCCCGCAGUGCCGCAAAUCCUUCUCGCAGCGCAGCUUCCGGCCCAACCUGCAGCUGGCCAACAUGGUGCACAUCAUCCGGCAGCUGCAGCCGGGCCCCGCGGCCGGCCCCGCGCCCGGCGGGCCCCCCGAGCUCUGCCCCGCGCACCGCGAGCCCCUCAAGCUCUUCUGCGAGCAGGACCUGGCGCCCAUCUGCGUGGUGUGCCGCGAGGCGCGCGGGCACCGGCAGCACAGCGUGCUGCCGCUCGACGAGGCGCUGCAGGAGUGCAAGAGCAAGCUGCAGAGCCACCUGGAGCCGCUGCGGAGGCAGCUGGAGGCCGUGCUGAGGCAGAAAUGCAGCGAGGAGGAGAAAAUCUCCCUGCUCAGGGAGCAGAUGCAGGCCGAGGUGCAGGAGCUCGAGGCCGAUUUCGAGGAGCUGCAGCGCUUCCUGGCCGGGGAGCAGCUGCUGCUGCUGCGGCAGCUGCAGGAGCGGCACCAGGCGCUGCAGGCGCGGCAGCAGCGCAACCUGAGCGCCCUGCAGGAGCGCGCGGCCGCGCUGCAGCGCCUCAUCGGCGAGGCCGAGGCUGCGGGCAGGCAGGACGGGCUGCAGCUGCUCAAGGACAUCAAAGGCACCUUCAUCAGGUGUGAGAACAUGAAAUUCCAGGAGCCCGAGAUGAUCCCGGUGGACGUGGGGAGGAAGUUCAGGAAUUGUUUCCUGCAGGACGUGGUGAUGAGGAAGAUGGAAAAGGUCUUCAACAAAGUGCCCCAAGCCGACGUCACCCUGGACCCCUCGACCGCGCACCCGCGGCUCAGCCUGUCCCUGGACCGGCGCAGCGUCCGUCUGUCCGAGCGGCGCGGAGCCCGGGACGGCGCCCGGCAGCCGCGCCCGGACGGCGGCACCGGCAGCGGUGACCUGUGCGUGCUGGGCUCGCCCGGCUUCACCGGCGGCCGCCACUACUGGGAGGUGGAGGUGGGCGGGCGCCGGGGCUGGGCCGUGGGCGCCGCAGCGAGCGCCCGGGGCCGGCCCCAGAGCGCCCAGAGCGGCCCCGCGGCGCCGCUCAAGCGCGAGAUCUGGGCCCUGGGCACCUCGGGCAAGAAGUACCAGGCGCUGACGGCCACGGAGCAGACGGCGCUGGUGCCCGCGGAGCAGCCGAGGAGAUUCGGGGUCUACCUGGACUACGAGCGCGGCCAGCUGUGCUUCUACAACGCCGAGAGCAUGAGCCACAUCCACACCUUCCACAUCUGCUGCUGCCGCCAGCGCGUCUUCCCCUUCUUCCGCGUGCUGGCCCGCGGCACCCGCAUCAAGAUCUGCACCUGAUGGGGGCUCAGGAAGGGGGGACGGACUCGGGGCGGCGCAGGUGUUUGGGUCCUGAGGUUCUUGAGGUUCAUCUUCUUGCUUCUCUCCAUGCUCCCCCCUCCUUCCGCGUGCUGGCCCGCGGCGCCCGCACCGAGAUCUGCGCCUGAUCGGGGAGAUGGACUCGAAAUUUCCUGUCAAAGGCCUGAAAAUCCUUCCUCCAAAAGGGGUGAUGGACUCGGGGCGGCGCGGGUGUUUGGGUCAUGAGGUUCUUGAGGUUCUUCGUUUUCCUUCUCUUCUUCAUCCUCCUCGUCCUCCUCCCGCCACGGAGCUGGGUCAGCUCAGGGUGGGGAAGUUCCAUGGAAUUGGGUUUUGGGUUAAAAUGGGGAGGAUCCGCCACUUUAGAACCGAGUUUGGGUUGAAAUGGGGCAGGAUCCAGUUUGGAACCGGUUUUGGGUUAAAAUGGGGCAGGAUCCAGUUUGGAACCGGUUUUGGGUUAAAAUGGGGCAGGAUCCAGUUUGGAACCGGUUUUGGGUUAAAAUGGGGCAGGAUCUGCGCCUUUCAAACUGGUUUUGGGAUUAAUGGGGCAGGAUCCGCCCCUUCGGAGCCGGUUUUGGGUUAAAAUGGGGCAAGAUCUGCCCCUUUGGAACUGGUUUUGUGUUUGCCCCUUUGGAACUGGUUUUGAGUUAAAAUGGGGCAAGAUCCUCCUCUUUGGAACUGGUUUGGGUGAAAAUUGGACAGGAUCCGCUCUUUCGGAGCCAUUUUUGGGUUAAAAUCGAGCAGAAUCCGCCCCUGCCCCUCUGGAGCCGUUUUGGGUUAAAAUGGGGCAGAAUCCGCCCCUUUGGAGCCGUUUUUGGGUUAAAUUCGUGCAGAAUCUGCCCGUGCUCCUCUGGAACUGUUUUGGGUUAAAAUCGAGCAGAAUCCGCCCCUUUGGAGCCGGUUUUGGGUUAAAAUCGAGCAGAAUCCUCCCUUUCAGAGGCGACUGGUUCCAGUUCUGGUCCCGGUUCAGUUCCUGGUGCUGGGAGCUGCUCCCCCCUCCCCCAGUUCAAUUUUGGGCCCUCUCCGGGAAUUUUCCACAUUUGGGACCAAAUCCUGUCAGAUUGGAGCCUCCCUCCUUUCCCAAAAUCCGCAUUUUUCGGUGCCUGGAUUUUUUGGGAUUCAGCCCCAGCCCCGUUCCCGUUCUCCCCCUGCUGUUUUGCUCCUCCCUUUCCCUUUCUUUGCCAUUUUUUGGGGGAAAAUCCCAGAUUUUUGGAUUUUCCUCUCCCCUCUGGCACUUUACGGGGUUCCCACCCCGCAGCUCUGGAGCUCCCCGGGUUGGGAAUAAUUUAUUUUAAUUUUUAUUUUUAUUUUUUUCUCCCGUUUUUUAAAAUUUCCAGCCGGAUCCUUUCCCACCCAGGAGCUCCCCCUCCCCUCACGUUUUUCCCUGAAUUUUGGUGGAUUUGGGAAAUUUCCUUGUUGGCGUUACAGAGCUCGU